UCCAGCAUUCGGCAAUAGGCUACUCUCUAUAGUCUGCUAUGCUAUGAUGGAGAUCAAUUCAGCGAUGUCGGCCUCCACCAUACCAUUCCCUUUUCAUACACCCCUGCUAGUCCAAUCAAUGCUCAGAUAGAAUUUCUUCGCGGCACACCUUCAUCCACAACUGUACAGUAUCAAUAGAUCUCUUUGCCUGCCACCCAUGCAAACGGCUCGAUCAUGUGCCACAAGUCGACCGGCAUAUCAAUAACCAACUAUAUCAUGAUUGUGAAUGACCACCAGAUUGUCCUGUCCCCUUCCUCAUUGCUCUAUCCCGCUACUUCUCACGGCAUCCUUAUUCUGUCAUUGAUAUUGUAUAGGACGAUCUUGCCUCACGAGUGGCCAGAGUUCGGGCAGGCGUAUUGCCAAAAGGUCGACACAAUCGCUAUUCGCUGGCUUCUUUCUACGUUGUCAUGCGAAAUAGGACGACUUUCCGGACCGUUAUCUCUACUCGGCUGUGGAGCGUCCUUGGAGUGUGCACAUUGUAUCCGAUUAAGGCACUAAUCAAGAGUUCAUCUAUGUGUCAUGGCGGCGCAUUGGUGGAGUCUUU